AGUUAGAAUUUUUUAUUAAAAUUAAUCGUUCGGCUGGAAAGAUUACGUUUUCAAAAUUUGAGAUCUUAAAAUUAAUAAUAUUGGGGUUUUACCCGAGGGAGUACAUGUACAUUCUAGUCAUACGGGAGUAGAAUAUCUGUUUUCUUUAUUUUUUUUUGCAUAUGAUGGAAGACUAUUUGUAAUUUCACUGGCUCGAACCUCGUUUCCGUCAUCGUUUCCCGCCGAAGCUCCAGGCGAAAAAUGGAAGAGAGAGGCGAUUUACGCUCCGUUCUUCCGCUUUUGCCCCUGGUUAUGAGGGAUUCUUCUCACUCAUGGCCGCGUAGGGUUUUGGAGGCUCUGAAGGCCAAGUCAACAGGCCCUGAACUCUCUCUCUCACGGCCGCGUAGGGUUUUGGAGGCUCUGAAGGCCAAGUCAACAGGCCCUGAACUCUCUCUCUCAUGGCCGCGUAGGGUUUUGGAGGCUCUGAAGGCGAUGUCAAGAGGCCCUGAGUUCAGUGGACUUUCUAAUGGCCAUGUCCUUUUUGACGCCAUUGCUGAUUUGAGGAAGCAAUUAGGGUUUUCGGAUGAUAAUUUGGCCACGGAUAGUGGCCAUGGUUACUCUCUCUUCUUCGAUGAUUUGAUGUCUGGUGAGGAAUCGAUAAAAUGGUUUGGAGAGACCCUUCCUUCAAUGGCAUGCUUGUUGAUGCACUUGCCUUCUCUAUUGGAAGCCCACUAUCGAGACUGUGAUAAGUCUCGUGAGAUAGAGGAACGGGGAUUGCCAAUUGGGACUGGGCUUCGAGUAUUGGAGUCACAAGAAGCUGGCAUGGUGGUUCUUAGUCAGGAGCUAAUUGGUGCUUUGCUUGCCUGUUCCUUCUUUUGUUUGUUCCCAAGCAUUGGUAGGAGUUUUAGAAACCUUCCAACCAUCAACUUCGACUAUCUAUUUGUGAGCAUUCACAACAGUUACAGCCCGAGCCAGAAGCAUAAGAUAAAGUGUCUUGUUCACUAUUUUGAACGGAUAUGUUCAUGUAUGCCAAUGGGUUUUGUCUCUUUUGAGAGGAAAGUACUUCCCCUAAAUGGCAGUUCCCUACAUAUUUCUUACCCCAAAACCGAUUUUUGGAGUAAAUCUAUUGUUGAAUUGUGCCCCUUCAAGGUUUUGCAUUCGGGUGUUAUAGAAGACCAACCAUACGAAGCUUUGGAAGUUGAUUUUGCUAAUCAAUACUUUGGAGGAGGUGCUCUUCAUAGGGGCUGUGUGCAGGAAGAGAUCCGUUUCAUGAUCAAUCCUGAGUUAAUCGUGGGAAUGCUUUUCGCACCUCGCAUGGAGGACAAUGAAGCUCUGGAAAUUGUUGGUGCAGAACGGUUUUGUAAUUAUAGAGGGUAUGCUUCGACAUUUGUUUUCUCUGGGAACUAUGUGGAUCAUAAACCUUUGGAUAUAAGAGGUAGACGGAGAACACGUAUUGUAGCAAUUGAUGCUUUAUGUCAUCCGGGUAUACAACAAUACGGGGCAGACUGCCUCCUUAGGGAGACAAAUAAAGCAUUCUGUGGAUUUAUGGAUCAUUCAAAAUGUCAUCAGUACAUGAACAUCUUUAAAGAGGGAAAAUUGCAAGAUUUGGAUAAUGGAGCACAUGCUGCUAUUAGCAAAACAGAAGAUGACUCGGGAAUUAAAGCACGAAAUUGUUCUGAUAGAGAAGCAGAGGCAACUGCAUGUUCUACCUCUACGACUGCAAUGAACCGAUCUACUCAAGUCACAGACUUGUUUGAAGAAGCUAAAUUAAAGAAUGAUCAAGGUCUGAACUGUUGUGAAAAUGUAGGAAUUGCGACUGGAAAUUGGGGAUGUGGAGCAUUUGGUGGAGACCAUGAAUUGAAGAGCAUGAUUCAGUGGCUGGCAGCUUCUCAGGCAUUGAGACCUUUUCUUGUAUACUACACAGUGGGGGAUAAAGCUACAAAGAGACUGGAACAGGUACAAGAAUGGAUAUCAUCCCAUUACUGGACAGUUGGGGACCUCUGGAACAUGAUGGUUGAGUACUCAUCACAAAGAUAUCAGGGUACAACUAACAUUGGCUUCUUUGAUUGGCUCUUGCCAUGUUUGUAGGUAUAUAGAGAGAGAGAGAUGCCAUUUUUAUAGAAGCAUUUGUUAUUGUGUGUUAGAGAGAGAGAGAGAGAGAGAGAGA